AUGGGGGGGCCCCCACCUAGGGGGGCCCCCCCUGGGUACGUGCUAUCUUCGGGCGUACGUACACCUCAUAAAGGGUUUAAGUCAGAGCUGCGGCAGCGUGUGGAGUUGCUGAGGGCAUUCGCUCUGCUGCUGCCUGCAGUGCUGCAGCUGCUGCGCUCUGCUGCAACCACAACUGAAGCAGCAGCAGCAGCAGCAGCAGCAGCAGCAGGGGAGCCAGCAUCAGCUGAUGCUGCUCAGGGCUGCUGCUUCCCGCAUCUGCUGCAGCUUCAUCUGGCUGAUACUGCAGCAGCAGCAGCUCCAAUAGCUGCAGCAGGUAGUGCUGCAGCAGCUAGAGUCGCAGCAACUAGUGCUGCAGCAGGGGGUCCAGCAGCAGCAGCAGCAGCAGCAGCAGCCGCAGCAGCAGCAGCAGCACGAAGAACUCCUGCAGCUGACGUGCAGCAGAUAGCUUUCCAGGGGGCAGAAGCCGUUGCUGCCUUUCUCAGCAGCAGCAGGUUUAGGGAUUUGCUGCAGCACCUGCUGCAGCAGCCUUCCUUCAGGGCUGCAGCAGCAUCAGUCGCAAGAGCUGCUGCAGCAGCAGAAGCACAAGGAAACAGCAGCAGCAACAGCAGCAGCAAAAGCAGCAGCAACAGCAGCAGCACAAACUACAGGGAAGCUCCCGCUGCAGCAGCCCGUCAGAGCGAGACUUUGCUGCUGCAGCAAGGACUCCAGGCUUACCUCUUUGCACCGGUGGAAGCAGCAGCACAGUUGCUGCUGCAGCAGCUGCAGCAGCAGCAGCAGCACACGGGGGAGCUGCUGCCGCCAUCCAGAGGGGCCCCGCUGGAGGCCCUAGGGGGCCCCUUGAGCUGCAGGCUGCUAGCAGCACUGGUGCGUUCUCUGCAGGCAUUCGAACAGGUAGUGCUGCAGCAGGUAGAGUCGCAGCAGCUAGUGCUGCAGCAGGGGGUCCAGCAGCAGCUGCAGCAGCAGCAGCAGCAGCAGCAGCAGCGGCACGAAGAACUCCUGCAGCUGACGGCUGCAGCAGCAUCAGUCGCAAGAGCUGCUGCAGCAGCAGAAGCACAAGGAAACAGCAGCAGCAGCAGCAGCAGCACAAACUGCAGGGAAGCUCCCGCUGCAGCAGCCCGUCAGAGCGAGGCUUUGCUGCUGCAGCAAGGACUGCUGGCUUACGUCUUUGCACCGGUGGAAGCAGCAGCACAGUUGCUGCUGCAGCAGCUGCAGCAGCUGCAGCAGCAGCAGCAGCAAACGGGGGAGCUGCUGCCACCAUCCACAGGGGCCCCGCUAGAGGCCCUAGGGGGCCCCUUGAGCUGCAGGCUGCUAGCAGCACUGGUGCGUUCUCUGCAGGCAUUCGACGAGUUGCAGCAGCAGCAGCAGCAACAGCCGCAGCAGCAGCAGCAGCAGCAGCAGCACCAGCAGCAGCAGCAGCACCAGCAGCACGGCUGGAACCGUUCGCUGCAGCUGAGUCCCUUUGCGUCUUUUGCUGCUAAGAUAGACGCAGACGCAGCAGCAGCAGCAGCAGCAGCAGCAGCUGCUGCUGCUGCUGCUUGUGUGCAUCCGCAACCCAACAGCGCUGCUGCAUUUGGCUGGCGCGAUGUGCAGCAACACGGUUGGAACCGUUCGCUGCAGCUGAGUCCCUUUGCUAAACCCCCGCAGCAGCAGCAGCAACAGCAGCAGCAAGUGUUCGAUCGAUUAUUUCACGCUGCCGCCAACCAUUUGCCAAACCCCGCAGCAGGUGCUGCUGCUGCUGCUGCUGCAGCAGCAGCUGCUGCUGCUGCUGAGAGCAGCAGCAACGGAGCACUUCUUGCUGCAGCAAACCAAGUGCUGCGCGCUGCAGCUGCUGCCUGUACACCGCAUAUUUCAGCCAUACCGCCAACAGACCUGGCGGCGCUGCUGUGGGCCAUUGCUGCUACAGCGCCUCGUAUUUACAAGCAGCAGCAGCAACAGCAGCAGCAGCAGAAGCAGCAGCAGCAGCAGCAGCAAGUGUUCGAUCGAUUAUUUCACGCUGCCGCCAACCAUUUGCUGCUGCCGCAACAUAAUGCCACUCUCUGGGGUCCGCUUCCAAAGGACCUGCACCAGCAGAAGCAGCAGCAGCAGCAACUGCAGCAGCAACAGCAACAGCAGCAGCAGCAGCAGCAGCAGCAGCAACUGCAGCAGGCAGCAUAUUUGGGACAGCUAAAGCAUCUUAGCGUGGAGCCGCGCAGCAGCAGCAGCAGCAGCGCAGCGCCUCGUAUUUACAAGCAGCAGCAGCAGCAGCAACAGCAGCAGCAGCAGCAGCAGCAGCAACAGCAGCAGCAAGUGUUCGAUCGAUUAUUUCACGCUGCCGCCAACCAUUUGCUGCUGCCGCAACAUAAUGCCACUCUCUGGGGUCCGCUUCCAAAGGACCUGCUGCAGCAGAAGCAGCAGAAGCAGCAGCAGCAGCAACUGCAGCAGCAACAGCAGCAGCAGCAGCAGCAGCAGCAGCAGGCAGCAUAUUUGGGAGAGGUAAAGGUUUCCUGGCAGCUGCAGCAAGCCACGCCCGUCGACCGAUGCCUCCUUAUUUGGAGCAUCUUAGCGUGGAGCCGCGCAGCAGCAGCAGCAGCAGCAGCAGCUGCUGCAGCAGCAGCAGGAGCAAGAGAUGCUGCUGCUGCUGCUGCUUCUGCUGGUGUCGCUGCUACUCCUGCAGCAGCAACUGCUGCUUCUUCUACUUUCGUUGUGGGGCCUGUUGAGUGGCUUGUCUUGAGUGCAGCGUUCAGGCAGCAGCAGCAGCAGCAGCAGCAGCAACAACAGGUGCAGAGGCAGAAUCAGAAGCAGCAGCAGCAACAGCUGCUGCUGCUGCUGCAGAGCAGCGGUGCCAUGGCGCUGCAUGCACUAGCUGUGCGGGCAGAUGAACUGACACGCCCCACAGACACUGCAGCAGCAGCAGCCCCAGGUGUUAGCUCACCCGCUGCUGCUACUGCAGCAACAGCAGCUACUGCUGCUGCUGGUGAAGCUGCUGCUGCUGCUGCUGCUGCACCGACAGCCCUGCAGGCCGUGCGGGAGCAGUGUGGACUGCUGCUGAGAGACUGCUGCGGGGCAGCAGCAAGCGAUCGCCUGCAAGCCGUCCGCUGCAGCCGCGUUCUUUCUUCGUUGCUGCAUUCUGCUGCUCUUCUAGCGCGAACAGCAGCAGCAGCAGCAGCAGCAGCAGCAGCAAAAACUCCACCCACGUUUGGGGGCCCCAGGGCGCCAGACAGGGGCCUCGGAAGGGAGGGGCCCCUGCUGCUGUCUCGGCUGCAACGGCGGCUGCAUGUUGUACUUCAGCAGCAACAGCAGCAGCAGCAGCAGCAGCAGCAGCAGCAGCAGCAACAGCAGCAGCAGCAGCUAUGGCAGAGGCCUUUGCUUCCUCUAGCUGCUCAGAGUAUCAGCCAGAUUGUGUGGGCCAUGGCUGCAACGGGGGUGUUUCAUGUGCAGCUGCUGCAGCAGCUUCUGCAGCAGCUGUUGCUGCAGAUGCCUAGACAGCUGACGCUGCUCCCCAGCAACCAUCUCUCUGCCCUCAUAUGCGGCCUCUUUGACCUUGGAGUUUUGCUGCCUUCGCAGCAGCAGCAGCAGCAGCAGCAACAGCAGCAGCAGCAGCAGGAGCAGCGAGAGGGUCAGCAGCAGCAGCACCUUGGAGUUUUGCUGCCUUCGCAGCAGCAGCAGCAGCAGCAGCAACAGCAGCAGCAGCAGCAGCAGCAGCGAGACGGUCAGCAGCAGCUGCUGCAGCAGCCGCAGAUGCGCAGGCAGCUGCAUCGUGCGCUGCUGCGAGCACUCAGCAGCAGCAGCCCACAGCAGCAGCGGGCUGCAGCAGAACCUCUUGCUGCUGCUGGAGGCAGCAACGGGUGUCAGGAGGCAGCAGAGUGGCAGCAGCAGCAGCAGCAGCAGCAGCAAACCCAGGAGCAGCAGCAGAUGCAGCAGCAACAGCUGAGUCUGUUCCAGCUGGCUUGCUGUCUACGAGUGGCCGCUGCUGCUGCGCUGCAGUGUGCUGCUGCUGCACUGCAGCAGCAAUCUGCUGCUGCUGCUGAAGAGCGCAGGGAGGAGGCGAUCCUGGCCCUCGAGGGCCUCGAGGUGGUGGAGGGUCUCCUCCGUUCCACCGACUUCACCCCGCUCGUGCGGCAGCGCCAACAGCAGCAGCAACAGCUGCAGCAGCAACAGCUGCAGCAGCAGCAGCAGCAGCAGCAGCGGCAGCAGCAGCAGGGGCAGCAACAGCCUGAACCAGCCCUGCGUGUCCUGUAUCAGGCUGCACUAGCUGCUGCUGUCCUUCGCGCGUGGAGUCCCCACGUGCGGCGGCUCCUGGAGGCAGAAGAGACAGCAGAAGCAGCAGCAGCAGCAGCAGCAGCACCGGCAGCAGCAGCAGCAAGAGCAGCAGCAGCAGCUGCUGCUGCUGCUGCUGCUGUUGCUGCUGGUGAUGUGGGUGUCUCCUUUGAGCAACAAGUGGGGGCGCUGCUGCAGCAGCAGAAUGUCUCCUUUGCUGCGGAGACGAAGACACCCGAGGGGAUUUCAGUUGACUUCAUUAUACUAAAGCUGCCCUGCAUGCAGCAGCAGCAGCAGCAGCAGCAGCAGCAAGGGCAGCAGCAGCAGCAGCAGCAACAGCAGCAGCAACAACAGCAGCAGCAGCACGAUCUGCGUCUUGUGCUGGAGGUGGAUGGGCCUUCGCACUACGCACAGCAACAGCAGCAGCAGCAGCAGCAGCAGCAACAGCAGCAGCAGCAGCAGCAGCAGCAAUGGCAGAGGCCUUUGCUUCCUCUAGCUGCUCAGAGUAUCAGCCAGAUUGUGUGGGCAAUGGCUGCAACGGGGGUGUUUCAUGUGCUGCUGCUGCAGCAGCUUCUGCAGCAGCUGUUGCUGCAGAUGCCUAGACAGCUGACGCUGCUCCCCAGCAACCAUCUGUCUGCCCUCAUAUGCGGCAUCUUUGACCUUGGAGUUUUGCUGCCUUGGCAGCAGCAGCAGCAGCAGCAGCAACAGCAGCAGCAGCAGCAGGAGCAGCGAGAGGGUCAGCAGCAGCUGCUGCUGCAGCCGCAGAUGCGCAGGCAGCUGCAUCGUGCGCUGCUGCGAGCACUCAGCAGCAGCAGCUCACAGCAGCAUCGGCCUGCAGCAGAACCUCUUGCUGCUGCUGAAGGCAGCAACGGGUGCCAGGAGGCAGCAGAGCAGCAGCAGCAGCAGCAGACCCAGGAGCAGCAGCAGAUGCAGCAGCAACAGCUGAGUCUGUUCCAGCUGGCUUGCUGCCUACGAGUGGCCGCUGCUGCUGCGCUGCAGUGUGCUGCUGCUGCACUGCAGCAGCAAUCUGCUGCUGCUGCUGAAGAGCGCAGGGAGGAGGCGAUCCUGGCCCUCGAGGGCCUCGAGGUUGUGGGGGGUCUCCUCCGUUCCACCGACUUCACCCCGCUCGUGCGGCAGCGCCAACAGCAGCAGAAACAGCUGCAGCAGCAGCAGCAGCAGCAGCAGCAGCGGCAGCAACAGCCUGAACCAGCCCUGCGUGUCCUGUAUCAGGCUGCAUUAGCUGCUGCGGUCCUUCGCGCGUGGAGUCCCCGCGUGCGGCGGCUCCUCGAGGCAGAGGAGACAGCUGCUGCAGCUGCAGCAGCAGCAGCAGCAGCAGCAGCACCGGCAGCACCAGCAGCAAGUGCAGCAGCAGCAGCAGCUGCUGCUGCUGCUGCUGUUGCUGCUGGUGAUGUGGGUGUCUCCUUUGAGGUGUGGACUGCUGCACGAGAAGCCUACGAAGCUGUCUCCUCCUCUACAACCGAAUCGCGCGUUCAGCAACAAGUGGGGGCGCUGCUGCAGCAGCAGAAUGUCUCCUUUGCUGCGGAGACGAAGACACCCGAGGGGAUUUCAGUUGACUUCAUUAUACUAAAGCUGCCCUGCAUGCAGCAGCAGCAGCAGCAGCAGCAGCAAGGGCAGCAGCAGCAGCAGCAGCAACAGCAGCAGCAACAACAGCAGCAGCAGCACGAUCUGCGUCUUGUGCUGGAGGUGGAUGGGCCUUCGCACUACGCAGUAGACUGCAGCAGCAACAGGAAAGGAACCCAGCAGCAGAGCAGCGCAGCAACUGCUGCAGCUGCUGAAGCAGGAGGCCUCCACCCCCCUUCUAGGGGAGUGCAGAAGCUCAAGCAGCAGCAGCAGCAGCUGCGGAGGCGAAACAACCAGCAGCAGCAACAGCAGCAGCAACAGCAGCAGCAGCAGCAGCAAAGUCGGACAAGCCUACAGCGGGAGAUGGAAUGCAGGAGCUCAAGCAGCAGCAGCAGGAACAGCAACAGCAGCAGCAACAGCAGCAGCAGCAGCAGCAAAGUCGGACAAGCCUACAGCGGGAGAUGGAGACGGAGCAGCAGAGCCUCAAAUGUCUCCUCAGCGGCGUAG